AUGAGCAUGAGGCCCAACGCCCGUGUCCUUCGUGACAUUGCCAAGCGGCAUACGGUGCACUCGAACGAGCUCCUGCGAACAGCAUACAAGUAUAUUGCCCGCAAUACAACGCUUCCUUCGCGUGUGCGGUACAUGGCUCAGCUGGAGCUGAACAACUUUCCCGCCAAGUCGCGCCCGGCUUUUGUGAAAGACCGCUGUAUCGAGACGAGUCGUGGUCGUGGCGUGUUUACCGAGUUUGGUCUAUGUCGCUAUCAAUUCCGUCGGAAGGCCGUGCACCAUGAAAUUCCUGGUGUAGAAAAGGCGUCGUGGUAA